UAAAACCCAAGAGAGAGGAUUAAGAGCACUGAUCACAAUGAGUCCUCUCAGCUUCUCCAUGGCUUUAUUAUCAGCGUGUUUACUGAGCUUCUGCACUAUCGCACAGAACAUAGGAUGUCCUGCUUUACAAAGAAGGAUACAUGGACGUUGCUGUAAUGAGUGCCCCCCAGGUACUUACAUGAAGGACUUUUGUUCUGUGGAUCAUCAAACUAUCUGUCAACCCUGUGAGGAGGGGUAUUACUCCCCUGAACAUAACACCUUUGACCGCUGUGAACAAUGCUCAUGCCAACACGGGAAGUGCGUUAGAACAAACGGAACCUGUCUAUGUCCUUCUGGUUUCCUGUGCUCCAACAGCACUUGCUCUGUUUGUGAAAUGAACACAUGCUCAGUUGAAGAAAAACCAAAAAGGACAGAGCAUCCACCGGGUCAGUAUUUAUAUCAGUGUGAACCUAAAUGUCCUGAAUACCAAUACUUUGAUUCAAAGGAGGACACCUGCAAGCCAAAGACACAAUGCAUCACUCUUGGACUCGUUGAAAAGAUUCCUGGAAACAAUACCCAUGACUCAAUUUGUCAAAAGCCACAUGACAACAACUCGGUGUACAUGAUCCUCUGCUUUGGCUUUGUUUUGCUCUCCCUCACCCUCUUCAUCUUUGUGUCUCACACCUGCUGGAGGAACAUCAGGAAGCAAGCUGCAAAUAAAAAGCCCAUCCAAGCAGUCCAGUGUAAAACAAGUGACUUUCACCUGUCAAAGGAGGAGAGUGGAUUUCAGCUCGUCAUCCAGGAUGAAUCCAAGGACAGUAGCAGUUUGAGCAUGGAGGAUCUGGAAAAAGUCUCCAGUCUUUCAUAACAUUGGUCAUCCCAAUCAGCCCCAGCCAGGAAGAUGAUGUAAAAAUCUAUUUUGUUUGGUGUCUCAAAUGUCUUUCAUAAAGAUUCGAUAAGUUGAUCGAUGAGGAAAGGGAACGAAAGGCUAAACCUCUUAUCAGAUCAGUGUUAGGGAGGUAAAGUAGCAACAUCACAUCCAAGCACUUAUUAAGAAAGAGCACUCAUUUAAUUAAUACAUCUGCAGUGGUCCCUAGUAGGAAUUAAUGUCUUGUAAAUCGUACUCUGGGAAAAAAAGCUCUUGUGCACCUGUUUCAGGAACUAGACAAUUGCCGUAUCAGAGGAGAGGUUCAGACGACAGGAUCUGGAGUCUUCUUUCCUGAUAUUUGGACAUCUGACCUCUGAUUGGCUAACAGCAAUGCGACUCUACCACUGACUCUGUUUGCUCUGCAACAUUGAUGUUUUCUCUCCACAAAUAACACAAGCCUGGAGGAACACUGCUGUGUGGUGGAGUUGCUAAUGCUAACAGUUAGCUUCUACUAGCUGAGAAGUUGUCUGCUGUUUCAUGGACGCUAAAACAACAACAGCACUUUCCAUCGUAAGUCAAGAUGGGUGAAUCCAUGAAUGUUAAGUGACAGUGUGACGUAGAUCUGUCAGACUUUUCCAAUCCCAGAGUUUCACCAUCUAUUUUCCAUCAGAAGCUAAUGCAGGAGACAGGUGUUGGAGACUAUUUUCAUGUUCAGCCUGCAUGAUAAACUCAGAGUGACCAGUUAUAAUCAGAAAUUAUCAUUAAAAAUGGCCAUUCAGUGAUUCACACCUUUAAGUUAUUUGUUUAAGACCAAGUUAACUGAGAAACAAUUUUUACUUAUUUAUAAAAAUAUGAUUGCAGGGCUACCAACGUCUGAACUUUUCGACACGUGAGAGCAGGGUGCAGGUGUGGCAUGAGAGCGUGUGAAGAGGAUCAGAUGCAUGAGUCUCACACUCAUGAAAGCUGGCAGUCCUGUGAUUGGUCUCUUUCAAUUUAACAUGCAGGCUAAAUGUGAAAAUAGUCUUCUACCCCUAUGUCUUGCAUUAGCCGAUAGUAAAUAGAUGCAAAAACUCUCUUAAGUAAACUACACAUUGUCACACUGAAAAUUAGCAUUCAUGGACUCAGUCAUAGGCUUGCAACAAGGGUAAAGCUGUUGUUGGUUUAGCAUCCAGGAGAGAGCAGAGCAUGGCUCAGCUACUUGAAGUUAAUCGUUAGCAUUAGCAACUCCCUCACACAGCAGAACUCCUUCAGGCUUGUGUUAUUUGUAGAAAUAAAACAUCAACAUUUCAAAGCAAAUUGAGUCAAAGGUAGAAUUUGUUGCUGACAACCAAUCAAAGGUGAGAAGUUCAAAUAUCAGAAAAUAAGACUCCUGCCAUCUUCUGCUCCCCUUUGCUCUGUCUCCCUUCUAGUUCCUGAAACAGGAGCGUCAGAGCUUUUUUUCCCAAGAGAUGACUCAUGGCUGCGCAUUGGCACAGUGGUUAGAGCUGUUGCCUUGCAGCAAGAAGGUCCUGGGUUUGCAUCCUAUUUUUUCUGCAUGGAGUUUGCAUGUUCUCCCUGUGCAUGUGUGGGUUCUCUCUGGGUACUCCAGCUUCCUCCCACAGUCCAAAAACAUGACUGUUAGGUUAUUUGGUCUGUCUAAAUUUUCCUUAGGUGUGUGUGUGUGUGUGUGUGUGUGUGUGUGUGUGUGUGUGUGUGUGUGUGUGUGUGUGUGUGUGUGUGUGUUUGUCCUGUGUGUCUCUGUGUUGCCCUGCGAUGGACUGGCUCUCUGUCAAGGGUGUACCCCGCCUGAUUGCCCGUUGACCGCUGGAGAUAGGCGCCAGCUCCCCUGCGACCCUACGUGGACAAAGCGGAUUCAGACAAUGGAUGGAUGGAUGGAGAUCGAAGCACAAGGCAUUCAUUUAUUCUAGAAACCACUGUAGUUUUAUUGAAAAAAUAUUGAAAAAACAAUAAUGAGUGAACUUAGACUUUCUAUAACAGGAUUUUUACCUGUAUGUGUGAUUUGCACCAAUUUAAAUAUUCAGUAUUUAUUUAAACAUUUCAGUCAACUGUUGCAUGGAAUAAAGAGGGGGAUGAUGAUAAAUAUUUCAAAGUUGAAUAAAAUUAUCUGCAUUAA